UGUUUUGGCGUCGAGCAGACAGGCGUGAUAGAGAGUGUUGACGUCAGUGUAAAGCGAGAGAAGCGCGCGGCAGGAACAGGAGAGACGCAGCUGAGCGCGUGCAGUAAACGCGUCGCGCAGCGGAGGAGAAACGCACACACUCACACACACACUCACUCACACACACACACCUGAGGAAUAGCGGCGCGAUGGCUGAUCAUCUGAUACAGAUCAAUGACUCGUCCGCCGGAGUCAAUCGAUUCGCGCGGAAAGGAGCUCUGCGACAGAAGAACGUGCACGAAGUUAAAAACCACAAAUUUAUCGCUCGCUUCUUCAAGCAGCCCACCUUCUGCAGCCACUGCACCGACUUUAUCUGGGGAUUCGGCAAGCAAGGCUUCCAGUGCCAAGUGUGCUGUUUUGUGGUCCACAAAAGGUGCCAUGAGUUUGUGUCCUUCUCCUGUCCAGGGGCCGAUAAGGGCCCAGACACAGAUGAUCCCAGAAGCAAGCACAAGUUUAAGAUCCACAGCUAUGGCAGUCCCACAUUCUGCGACCACUGCGGAUCGCUGCUGUACGGCCUCAUCCACCAGGGCAUGAAAUGCGACACCUGUGACAUGAACGUUCAUAAGCAGUGUGUGAUGAAUGUGCCAAGUCUGUGCGGGACAGACCACACUGAGCGCAGAGGACGAAUCUUCAUGAAGAUCGAGGUCAGCGGAGACAGACUUCAUGUCACAGUGGGUGAGGCUAGAAAUCUGAUUCCCAUGGACCCCAAUGGCCUUUCAGAUCCGUAUGUGAAGCUCAAACUCAUCCCAGACCCCAAGAACGAGACCAAACAGAAGACCCGCACCAUCCGCUCCUCGCUCAACCCCACCUGGAACGAGUCCUUCAUCUUUAAGUUAAAGGCGUCAGAUAAGGAGCGGCGUCUGUCAGUGGAGGUGUGGGAUUGGGACAGAACCACCCGAAAUGACUUCAUGGGCUCCAUGUCCUUCGGUGUGUCUGAGCUGAUCAAAGCUCCUGUGUCUGGGUGGUAUAAGAUGCUGAACCAGGAGGAGGGUGAGUACUACAACGUACCCAUCCCCGAGGAGAAUGACAUUAACUUGGAGCUGCGGCAGAAGUUUGAGGCCUGUCAGUUCAAUAUCCACCUGCUGAAGAAAGCCAAGCUCGGUCCUGGAAAGAAAGUCAUCACCCCCACUGAUCACCGACGCUUCAGUUUACCGUCCGGAAACAUGGACAAAGUUCGACUCAAUGACUUCCAUUUCCUGGCUCUUCUUGGCAAAGGGAGUUUUGGGAAGGUGAUGUUGGCAGAGAUGAAGUCCACAGAGGAGUUAUACGCUAUUAAAAUCCUGAAAAAGGAUGUGGUGAUCCAGGAUGAUGACGUGGAGUGCACAAUGGUGGAGAAGAGAGUUCUGGCCCAAAGAGAAAAGCCACCUUUCCUCACACAACUACACUCUUGCUUCCAGACAGUGGAUCGUCUGUACUUUGUAAUGGAGUACAUUAACGGCGGAGACCUGAUGUAUCACAUCCAGCAAGUGGGCAAGUUUAAGGAGCCACAAGCUGUAUUCUAUGCGGCAGAGAUUGCAGUCGGACUCUUCUUUCUUCAUAGGAAGGGAAUUAUUUACAGAGAUCUGAAGCUGGACAACGUGAUGCUGGACUCCGAGGGCCACAUCAAGAUCGCAGACUUCGGCAUGUGUAAGGAGAACAUGUAUGAGGGAAUGACCACUCGGACCUUCUGCGGGACGCCGGAUUACAUCGCCCCAGAGAUUAUCGCCUAUCAGCCGUAUGGGAAAUCAGUGGACUGGUGGGCUUACGGUGUGCUCCUGUACGAGAUGCUGGCGGGGCAGCCUCCAUUUGAUGGAGAGGACGAGGACGAGCUCUUUCAGUCCAUCAUGGAGCACAAUGUGUCCUACCCCAAAUCCCUGACUAAAGAAGCUGUGUCCAUCUGUAAAGGGCUGAUGACCAAGCAUCCAUCUAAACGUCUGGGUUGUGGAGCGGAGGGCGAGAGAGAUAUAAAGGAGCAAGCUUUCUUCCGCAGGAUUGACUGGGACCGACUGGCCAACAGAGAGAUUCAACCUCCUUUCAAACCCAAAGUGUGCGGCAAGGCAGCGGAGAACUUUGACAAAUUCUUCACACGCACGCAGCCCAUGCUGACCCCACCUGACCAACUGGUCAUCGCCAACAUCGACCAGAGCGAGUUUGCUGGAUUCUCCUUCAUAAACCCCGAGUUCAUCCACCCAGCGUCUAUUCACAGUGUGGUAUGAGACGUCCCAGGAGGAGGAGGGGGAAAGCUAUCAACCGCAUCCACUAUAUUUAUGAACUCAGCAAAUCUUUGUAGACAGUUGAACACCCUUUAUCUGAGCAUAUCUGAACUGAGGGGGGGACUGGAGGAGGAGUUUGAAUGGCUGAAUGGAUCUAUAUAUAGAUAUAUAAUCAUAAAAGCAUGUUUCCACAUGAAGACUUUGAGGGCAGUAUUCAAUGCAGAUGAGUUAGCAUUUGACCAAAGUCUGGUGGGUUUUUACACUCUUAAAAAUCGAGGUUCUUUACUGGUUGCACGCAAGGUUAUUUGUGUAAACUAAAACUGAAUUUUAAAACUAUUGGUCAAAACACAUCUGGACAAACACAUUUUCUUCAUUUGCCAAAAAAUGUAAACAGGACAUGUUUACGUACAUACAUAAUUUUAACAACCCAUUCUGAUUACAUACCUAUAUAUACAUUUCUGGAGAACACCAAAUACUUCCCAGGAGCUACUUUUUUGCAGUUUGUUUUGUUUUCGCGAAUCCACCAGAGGCCGCUGUGUACACUUUGUCAGAUGUCAAAUUCCUCUGACGACUGCGAUUCUGCGAUUCGCGCCUGCUCUUCUCACGUAAAUCCACCAGAGGCCACUGUCGACUGAUUGACUCACUGACCGACCAACCGACAAACCCUCUUCCCUUAACCCAGCCAUGUCCAAACUCUGUUCUGGAGGGCCGGUGUCCUGCAAAGUUUAGUUCCAACCCCAAUCAGACACACCUGGGCUAGCUAAUCAAGCUU